AAAAAAAAAAUUGCACUCUUCCCUACAUUUCAAUAUUUUCACCAUUUUCCCUCCCUUCGCCAUCUUUGAAGGUAUUGUCGGAAACCCUAGGUUGAUCGCUUCCAAAAUGACUGAAAUUUCUAGAAAGCUUGAUGUCGAGAAACUAAUUUCAUACAGCGAUGACCUAGUUCAGUUCUUGAAGAACGAAAGAGACAUAAAUGACUUGAAGCAUUCCGUUGAAAAAUCCGACACACUCCGCUAUCGAUGCCGUUCAGAUUAUGCCGCAGUUCAAAGCACUCUAGAAGAUUAUCAAAAAAAGAUAGACCUAUGCAAGCAAAAAACAGAAGCUGCAAAGGCUGAAGUUCUGAAGAAACUCAAACAAGAUGAAUUAAAAGCACAGAUGAAGCUAUCAAUGUUUGCAUGUGUAACAAGCAUCCUCCCUGACUUAAAUGAUCAGUCCAAGAUGAUAUCUGGACAUAUUGUUGAUAAAGAGAAGAAAGUUGUUGAAAAGUUUGAGUUCAAUCCCGAGGAGAAGAGUGAUUUUGAUACUUGUAAUACAAUCUGGGAGAUGAUAAAAGAAUGAAGCUUUUUCCUCCUCAUGUAAACUUAAUAUGUGAUUGUUUUAAGUCCAUAUUUUGGGUUGAAUUUGUGAAGAUUUAUAUUCCUGUGGGUUAAUUUGUAUUUAUUUGUUUGCUUCUAGUAAAAUCAAAAAUGGUUUGGUUUGGUUUGGUUUGGUUGUAACUAUACUAAGGUAGUGAUAAGGCUAUGGUGU